CUUCUUAGUUUUAGAUCUCCACCUGCUUAGCUUCUUUAUAAUAUCAUCGGAUCCAUAUCCGAAUUUGGAAGGAAAAAUGUUCUCCCUUGUUCAGAAUUCGGGUUCUAUUUCUUUUUUCCUGGGAGAAAUUGCUUAAUAAAGCCUCAAGGUUUUAAAAGUUGCAGUCUUUAAAAAAAAUAAAUCAUUAAACUCUGUUUUGCAACAACAACAAAAUCUGAUUAAACAUUGGUUGUUUCUUGUAAAAUUUUUUCUUUUUUGGCUAUGUAGGUGUCUUAUACUCCCUCUUAGUGCAUUGUGCUGAUCCUUUGUAGUUUGUUGUUUCUCAACGGUUUCAAGUCCACUAAUUUACACUUAUUGGGUUACUUCACAUUCAGGACUACAUCACAUUAUGAUCGGUUUUGAAAUUCUGCUGGUGUUAUCAAUCUGUUUUGAAAUUGGAAGAGAGAGUUCCAGAACUGGUGAACUAGAAAUAUUGGUUUGCGAUGAUGACGGUUGGUGCUCGGCUUGUUGCUCCCAUGAUUAUACUUCUCCUUUGUAUUCCGAUUGACUUAAUUAAAGCAGAAGUCAUCACACUGACCCCAGAAACUUUUUCUGACAAGGUGAAGGAGAAAGAUACUGCAUGGUUUGUAAAAUUUUGUGUUCCUUGGUGUAAGCACUGCAAAAAAUUGGGGAAUUUGUGGGAAGAAUUGGGAAAAACAAUGGAAGGAGACGAUGAAAUUGAGAUUGGUGAAGUAGAUUGUGGUACUAGCAGAGCUGUUUGCACCAAAGUUGAGAUCCACUCUUAUCCAACUUUUAAGCUAUUUUACAAUGGAGAGGAAGUUACAAAAUACCAAGGUAAAAGAGAUGUUGAAUCGCUCAAGGCCUUUGUUGUAGAGGAAACUGAAAAGGCAGCAGAAAAGGCACAGCUUGAAGACAAGGAAUUGUGAAUCUGUGAUGCAACUAGUCGGUGAUUAUUAGAACCUGAUACAUUCCCUUCAGUUUUCAGUAUACUUAUGCUGUUGUGACUUCUACUGCUAGUUAGAUAGGCAUGGCUUCAAAAUUCGGUAUCCAUUGAUCCAGUCCAGCACAAUGGAGGAACAUAUCGUUGGUUUUUCAAACCAUACGGUUUUGCUAAAAUUUUCAGUUUCCAACUUUCCAUUUUAAUUAUAGUCAGACAAGCAAAGACACGUGUAUGUAGUGGAGAUUCAUUACAACUUUACAAGUAUGUGUUGUAUGUUCGUUUUAACAGCAGCUGCAGAAAAAGGUUCUUGCUUUGAAGUUUCAUA